AUGGUAAUCAUAAUUCGAAUUGACGUUUAUCAUAUUAUUAGGAAGAAUCUUACUGUUCAACUCGCCGUUGUGAUAUGUGGCACCAGACUGCAAGAAGGUUUAAUGAUGUUAAAAUCAGCUGCCGUUUUCACGCUAACUAAGUUACAUUUUCACGUUUUUGCUGAGGAUCAUUUACACAUUCCGAUCCGCCAGAGGUUAAACGAAAUAUCUGUUAUCAGCCAAAAUACCAUAACCUACGACGUACUACCGAUCAAAUUUCCUAAGGACAAUGCAGAUAUAUGGAAGAAAUUAUUUAAACCAUGCUCUUGCCAACGCUUAUUUUUACCUUAUCUACUGAAAAAAACCGAUUCACUAAUCUACUUGGAUACUGACAUUCUUUUCAUGCGACCCCCUGAAGACUUAUGGAACUUCUUUAAUAAAUUUAACGCAACUCAGCUAGUAGCAGUAUCACCAGAAGGCGAAGAUAUCCGAACAAGUUGGUAUAAUAAAUUCGCACAACAUCCUUAUUAUGGAAAACUUGGAAUAAAUUCCGAUGUAAUACUAAUGAAUCUAACGAGAAUGAGAAAAGCCAAUUGGAACGACAAAGUAACGAAAGUAUAUCAGAAAUAUAGAUCUAGCAUUGUUUUGGGAGAUCAGGAUAUUUUGAAUGCAAUAUUUCAUUUUCAUCCAGAAAUGGUAUAUGUUUUAACAUGUGCCUGGAAUUAUCGUCCAGACCAUUGUCGAUAUGGUCGCAAUGACUGCAAACAUGCGUAUAAAAACGGCGUAUCCCUGUUGCAUGGAGAUAGACAGACAUUUCAUAAAAAUGAUUUUCCAUCUUUUCGCAUUGUCUAUGAAGUAAUACAAAAUUAUGACUUCAAGACAGGCGUCACGCGAGGCAUCUACAAUCCAUUAAAGAGGAUUUUGCCAAUGGUUCAAAAGAGCUACUGUAGUAGAAUAUGGGAAUCGAUGAUUAUGAUAUUGAAGAGAUACCGAAGAGAACAUAAACUGUAG